AUGCUCAACGGUGCGAACGCGGCUGCCCCUCCGUGCAACACAACGCUGCUCGACAACCUCAACCUCGCCAACCUCGCUGCAAGGGACUGCCUCGCAACCGCAGCAAAUGCAUCGGCGACAGGCAGCGCUGCACUGUGCGCGCCGCUCGCUCCAGGGCCGUACUGCGCGUGCUCCCGUUGCCAGACAGACUUUGACCAGCUCUUCACGGCGUACCAGGCAGUCCACACGAGCACCAAUGCGCGCGAGUAUCCAGUCAACGCACCGUUGUGCGCACCGCAGACUGGAUCCGCGCUCGCGGCCAUCCCCGCCGCAGGUCAGGCAACGCUCGACCUGUGCUUGAACGCAAUCGAGGCCAGCUGCACCACGACGCCCGAUCUGCCGUACUGCCAGAACUGCCUCAACGGUGUCUGCUACGCCUCAUCCACAAACACGUCAGCCAGUCCAGACGGUUUCAUCUCGCUGUUUGAUGUCAUGUGCAACCCGACGGGGCCGUUCGCCGCCCAGAUGGUCGACGGGCUGGCAGGCUCGCUCAACCAGCCCUACUCUGUCGAUUUGUGGAGCAUCGAGUACAACUCUGUUUCGCACGUCUACACCACCUCCGAUCCAGUCAACCUGAUUUCGUCGUAUCCUGCGUGGAGCAAGCCGCCUGUCGUUUUCAGCCACACCAACUGCACACCCAACCCUUCUGUCGUCCAGCAUGUCGGCAGCACCGCCAUCUGCAAACCGGGCCUCAGCUGCCAGACAUACGAUGGCCACAUCUCCUCGAUCGUCUUUUGCCCGUCCGGCCACUUUUGUCCCGACCCGAUGCAGCCACCCCAAGAGUGCCCGGCGGGUUACUUUUGCCCCGAGGCCAUCGUCUCGCCCAUCAAGUGCGGCCCGCUCGAUCAGUGCCCGAAGGGCGCCAAAAAUCACAUUCCUGUGAUUGGCCUGCUGGUGCUGGGCAUUCUGACUCCCGUGUUUGUUGCGUUGCACUUUAUCCUGCGCGCGCUCGAGCGCCGGCGCUACCGCCAGUAUGCUCGCGACCUCCACUCGACCAGCAAAGACCGCCGCGGUGCGCUCGUCCUUGCUCCGCUCCCUUCGCGCAUGGACAUUACCUUCUCCGACAUCAAGGUCGUCAUCCGCAAGGCCUCUGCCGGCUCCAGAUUGAGCAAGCUGAUGCAGCAAAUCCGCCAGACAGACCAAGCAGUCACUGCCGGCAAGACAAUCAUGAACAACGUCUCUGGCGCCUUCCGGGCCAAUCGCGUCACGGCCAUCAUGGGAGGCUCGGGCGCGGGCAAGUCCACCCUCAUCAAUGCAGUCAUGGGCAAAAUCAAGCGCGCUGGUGGCCAGGUCUGCAUCAACGGCGUCGAGGCCGAGCCUUCGCGCUACCGCAACAUUACCGGCUACACACCUCAGGAGGACGUCAUGCUGACCAUGCUCACGGUGGGCGAGAUUCUCACCCACUCGGCCCGCCUUCGUCUGCCGCGCGAAUGGACGAACGCGCAAAUCAACCAACACAUUGACGCCGUCAUUAGCAUUUUGGGCCUCGCCGAGGUCCGCAACUCGCGCAUCGGCGAUGAAGUCAAGCGCGGAGUGUCGGGUGGUCAGCGCAAGCGUGUCAACAUUGCCAUGGAACUGGUUGCCAACCCGUCGCUGCUCGUGUUGGACGAGCCCACCACCGGCCUGGACGCGACCAGCGCUUGGGAAGUCGUCAAGUGCUUGAAGGCCAUUGCCAACGCCGGCCGCACGGUGGUUGCCGUCAUCCACCAGCCUCGUUUCGAGGUCUUUGCUCUCUUUGAUGAUCUGCUGAUGCUGAGCAAGGGCGGAUUUACUGCCUACAACGGACCCACGUCCGAGAUUGCCGGCUACUUUGGCUCGAUCGGCUUCCCAGUCCCGGCCACGGGCAAUCCCGCCGACUUUUACUUGGACGUGCUCGCUGGCAAGAUUCCGCGCCAGGGCGACCCCGCCUUCCACCCAACUCACAUGGCCGAACUGUGGAAGCAGAACGGCGGCAUGCUCGAGCGGCUGUCGGCAAACCUGGCCGACUCUGCCCAGCACCAGCUGGAGAUUGCCUCGACCGAUGCGGCCUUGGACCAGGUGGACACGCUUGUGGUCGAGAUGCAUCGAAAUGCAAGUGCUGCUGGAUUGUCUGUUGUGCCGAGCGAUGCAACUCCUUCCGCCACCACCACCAGCACCACCACCACCACCAGCACCCCAAGCAGCAAUGCCCUUGUCCCUGCGCCAACCCAAAACCACGCGUCUCAAGCGACAAGCCAGAAGAGCAUGCCUGAAAAGCGCGUUUCCCCUUCGGCCCUCACGCAGUUCUGGGUCUUUUUCGGUCGAGCUCUGCUUCAGCGUUUCCGAACACCAGCCGGAACCAUCUUGUUUGUUGGCAUUCACAUUCUCUCCGCCGCGGCUUUGGGCGCUGGCUUUAUGCAGGGCACACGCUUGUACCUUCCGCCCCUGCCCGACUUUGUCUCUGAGUUUUGCCCUCCCGCCAUCCAGCACUAUUGCCGCGCAUUCCCAAUCUUCAACCUGGGUUUGUUCUCGUCAUCCUUCUUCUUGUCUGUCGCCCUCGGCAGCUCGUCCAUCAUUAUCGCCGUGUUCAAUUUCGGCGACGAGCGUGCCGUCUGCUGGCGUGAAGCCAGCUGGGGCACCAACCGAGCGGCAUACACGGUCGCAAAGUAUCUCGCCGAACUGCCCUGGAUGUUUGCCGCGUCGUUUGCGUUUGCUUCGGUGCUGUCGCCCAUGCUGCGACCCAUCACGAGCUUUGGUGAUUUGCUCGUCAUUAUUUUCAUGACGCAGUUCGCCGCAUUUGGGCUCGGCUACAUUAUCUCGAUUAUUGUUUCUCGCGAGUCCUCCAUGGUUGUUGGCACGGUCGCGGUCUUUGCCUUCUCCGUGUGCUCGGGCUUGUCUCCCCGACUGGCGCAGAUUCGUGACUCGUACAGCGUCGCGCGCAUCAUCUGGGACGUGUCCUUCCCCCGAUAUGCUGCGGAGGCACUCUACAUUUCCGAGGCCAAGGCCUACACGGACGAAGAGUCCAUCUUCCGCGCCCCCGUGUUGCGUUCCCUGGAUUUCCUCGGAUACCGUGUGGACAAUGUUCCGUUCGAUCUCGGCAUGCUCUGUGUGCUUGGAGUUGGCUUCCGGCUCAUCGCCUAUCUGCUGCUGGUGUUUUGGAAUCGUCGCAAGCAGCAGUGA